CUGGCAGGCAUCUGCAAAAGCAUAUGCUGAUGCAGUUAUAUCAAUUCUAACUCUUUUUUAAAGAAAUAUUCCUACAUGCAGUUCAUAAACAUACUGCAGAACAAUCCCAUGCUACUGAUGAAUGUCUAUUAAUAAAAUAAAACCAGAAAUGGCACUUUCUAGGAAUGGACAUGCUACAUUUAGACUGGAUGAGGAAAAAGACAGAAGACCAGAAGAUGCAGAUAAUACAGAAAGCGGGAUUGGCUACUGUGGCUACCUCUUGGUAAUUUGUUCGUUUUUCCUGGUACUCUUCACAUUCCCUUUAACUAUCUGGAGUUGUAUAAAGAUUGUUCAGGAAUAUGAACGAGCUGUCAUUUUCAGGCUUGGAAGAAUUGGAAAAGGUGGAGCCAAAGGACCUGGUAUUUUCUGGAUACUUCCCUGCACUGACUCUUUUCGACGAGUUGACCUAAGAACAAUAUCAUUUGCUAUUCCACCCCAGGAGGUUUUGACAAAAGACUCUGUUACCAUUCUGGUAGAUGCAGUUGUGUACUACCGUAUUUUUAAUCCAACAAUUGCAGUCACUAGAGUUGAGAAUGCAGACCAAGCAACACGUAUGCUGGCUCAGACAACUCUGAGGAAUAUGCUAGGAACUAAAAUGCUUUCCGAAAUUCUUACUGAUCGGGAGGAGAUGGCUGAGCAAAUGGAGCGCAUAUUAUAUGAAGCCACAAAGGACUGGGGUGUCAAAGUGGAGCGUGUGGAGUUGAAGGAUGUGAAACUUCCCUUGUCAUUACAGAGAGCAAUGGCAGCUGAAGCAGAAGCAACAAGAGAUGCCAAAGCAAAGGUUAUUGCUGCAGAAGGUGAAAUGAAGGCUUCUCGUGCUUUGAAAGAGGCUGCUGUAGUGAUGUCAGAUGCCCCUGCAGCUUUCCAGCUUCGCUACCUGCAGACACUGACUGAGGUUUCUGCUGAAAAGAAUUCAACUAUUAUUUUUCCGAUUCCUGUGGAACUUCUAUCCCAGUUUUCAAAGCAACAUUAAAUGUCAUUUAAUAAAAUAGAAUAUGGCUUGUUAAGACUGACUAUAUAUUUGGAUGUGUGAAUGUAGAGUGUAAUUAUUAAAAUAGUUUUGAAAAUGUUAUUUCAUACAAGCAUUCCAAACAGAAAUAUUAUAAGUAUAAAUUUGAGUAGAAUUAAGUUUAUGUGCUAAUCCCCACACUGUAUUUUUUGAAUUGUGAUUAACAGCUGUGUUUUCCCCUUCUGUUUUCUAUAAAUAUUAGUUGCAAUGACUUUACCAUUUUAAACAUCACGUUUUGAAAACAUUUCUGUAGAGUGUUCAGGUAUUCUGUGUUAUGUUGACAUCCAUCCCCAAACUAUUCCUGACCAACUGACGUUAUCUAUUUUCUGCAUCUAUUAUGAAUUAUGUAAAUGCUCCUACCCUGACUGCAAAGAAUGUAUAUCUGGCUCAACACUGUCAUCUGCACACUGUGCCAUAACACACUGGUUUUGCACUUAUAGUAAAUAGUUUUAUUAUUCAUGUGUUAACCAAAGAAACUCAUUAGACAUACAUGCCUCCUUUCAGUAGUGAUCUGAGAAUACUUGUCUGGUUAAAUGGCUUGCUCAGAGUAGCACAUUACACAGAGAUUAAAAAGCAAAACAAAACCAGGAAUAUGAAAUGAAGCUUGUUAGCAUCUAAUAGCCUUAACCGUCUAAGCUACAGUGAAAGGUGCUCAUUCAUUACACAUAUUUUACAUAACAGAAACAAAACUGCCUACUGACUUACUUUUUAUGUGUUUGACUUCAUUUCAACAGUCCACUGUUUUAGCUAGGGGCUGUCCAACUCAGCAUCAUACUAAUGGUAUAAUCCCCGCACACCUGAGAUUAUGACAGUUUAAAAAUUUUUAAUUUUUGUGGUUAUAUAACUUUAGUGGCAUAUCUGUUUCACUAAAGCAUCUACAUUUAUAUGCCUUCUACUGAACACAAAAUAAAAUCUAUAACACCAAGUCAGCAUAAAACAUUUAUUAAAACAAUAAAUACAUUCUAGAGAAAAUAUGCUGUUCAGAUUUUUUAAGAAAUGGACAAUACAUUUUUUCUAUGUGACUUUUGCCUCCAUGUCUGCUGACCACUAAGUCUCCUUCCAGUUAGACAUAGGCUAUUCACUCCUUUAUCCUGAAAUUUCACUCAGGAUUAGGGUAAUAGAUUUCCAGAAGGGUUGUCAUUCCAGAGGUCUUAAAUAUGCUUUAUGCUCUCACCAGCAUCCCUGCAAUGAGGGUAUUUUUAAUGGCCUAAAUGAGAUCUACAUCACUGCAGAGACCCACAGUAAUUUUCCCCAUGUAAUUGCCCACUACCUCUCACCCUUACUGAAGCUACAACCAGGUGGUAGCUCUGUGCCUCCUCCACGUCUUUGUAUGAGUAUGUGUCUGUGUCCACCUCAUACCUACCUGCAACUCCAUUCGUCACCUGAGACACUAAUCAAACUCAGGACACCUGGGCAGUAAUGGCUUCAUCCCUGUACACCAUCAGAACUGACAAUAAAUGAACAAUACUAAUUAAAAUCAGA